AAAAAAGUGGAAUGAGAUUAUCAGAAUCAGUCGUCUUCAAGCUCCAAGCAUUUGAGACAAACGCAGUAACCAAAAUUUUUCUGAAUCCAAGAAUCUUGAUCGUAUCAUCAAUGGCGUACGCACCGUCGGCACCGGAGCUUCCAGAAUCGUUCGGGCAGCAGCUCGACGAGGAAAAUAGAUACACUUACGCGUAUCCAUACAGCUCUUCGGGUCAACCAAGGAAUCAACUCGGAUCUUCCGGAAAGUUUUCACCGGAAACGCAUCCGGACAUUAUUAGAAGCUUCGAAUCGGCUGGCGGAAACCGGAGCGGAUUCCUUGAUGAAUCGGAGCUCCGGCAUGCGUUGUCGUUUUCUGGCUACGAAGGAAUCAGUAACAGAACGAUUAGGUUCCUCUUGUUCAUCUACAAGAGCCCUGGAGAAUCUGUACUACGGCUUGGGCCUAAGGGGUAUGUUGAGUUGUGGAAUUGCCUUGCGCAGUGGCGUGCGAUGUUUGACAGGUACGAUAGAGAUAGGAGUGGAAAGAUUAAUGCUUUAGAGCUCAGAGACGCGUUCUAUCAUCUCGGUUACAUGCUUCCAACCUCUGUUCUCCAACUUAUUAUCUUAUCUCAGUUUGAUGAUGGCACUAGCAACUCUAGUGACCUCUGUUUCGAUAGAUUCCUCGAAUGCGGGAUGAUUGUGAAGAGUCUGACUGAGAAGUUCAAAGAGAAAGACCCUGGGUACACGGGCUAUGCAACGCUCUCUUACGAUGUCUUCAUGUCAAUGGUCAUUCCGUUCAUUGCCUCAUAUGACUAGUGCUCUUAUCUUUCUUUGUUUCUUUAAACAAUCUCAGCUUCAACUUGUACAUUUGAUAAAGGGGUUUGUGGUUACUGAAUAGGAGAGUGAAAUCAAACUGGUGAAAGAGAAAUAAAUGAAAGCUGUAAUAGUUAUAAAAAUAGAAACAAAAGUGGUUUAACUUUGUACCGUAGAGAAAGAA